AUGAUGCCCACUUUCCUUGAGACAGCACUUAAUUAUCAUCUCAUCAAUAAUCCAUCAGCAGCUAUUAAUAUUUAUCAACGUCUUAUCGAAAUUAUCUUAAAAUAUUUCGAUGAUCGAAAAUACAUUGUCUCAGUAUUUACACAAAUAGCUCUUGAAUCCAAAAAUACAAAUAAUCAAAUUGAAAUGAUCAUUAAUAUUUAUGAUGGAUUGUGUACAUUUAUUUAUGAAUGGCUAGCAAAAAUUAUAUUUAAAGAUGAUGAUUUGAUUACUCUUAUUAUUGAAUAUUUACGAAUGCUUGGAGAUCGGUUUUAUGAAUCUAUUAUUCCGAUUUAUAGAAAAAUAAUUCAAAUUCUACGUUACUAUUGUGAAAAAGUCAAUCUUAAUUUCGAUAAAGAACAUUAUUUAAAACUCAUUAAAUAUUACUAUAAAAAAUGGCUAUAA